GGUCGUGGCUUCGUUUGAUAUACCUCAUCUAAGUCAUAUUCUCUUGCGUAACAAGUGAUUAGGGAUUUUGUGCAACCAUCAACAUGUCGCCGCCAUUCGACAUUAUCGUCGACACUAUAGGUUCGCUGAGCAAAGUCAGCGUAGGCCUAGGCUUCCUAGGCUUAUUUGUUGUGUGGUACACAGUCACAGCUUUCUUUGCGUGGUAUCGACUCCGGCACAUCCCGGGUCCGUUCCUCGCCUCAUUCUCCUACUUAUGGAUGAUCAAGAGCAUCCUCAUGGGCACGCUAGAGCAAGACUUCAGUCAGCUCAGGAAGUACGGCCCGCUCGCGCGAACCGGGCCUAACUCCAUCGUGACCAAUGACCCAUCGAUCCUGCGCAAGAUCGCGUCCGCGCGAACCAAGUACACCAAGAACGAGUGGUUCGCCGCGGCCACAUUUGCACCAGGGCAUCGUACUAUGAUCACCAUCCUCGACAACUUCAGCCAUGAUAAGCUCAAGGCGAAGACCGCGCAAGGAUAUAAUGGGCGCGAGAACCCAGACUUAGAAGUCGCUAUCGAUUCCGUGAUCACCCAUUUCGUCGAUGUGAUCCGGGCCAAGCAUCUAACGACCAAGGAUCAGAUCCGCACGAUCGACUUUGCUAGAAUGUCCCGUUACUUGACGCUGGACAUCAUCACCCGACUGGCGUACGGCAAGUCAUUCGGAUUCCUGGACUCCGACGAGGAUUUGUUUGGAUACACCGGCCAGGUGGACAAGCUGCUCAAGGCGCAGAACUUAUCUCAAGAGAUUCCCAUCUUCAGGUAUAUCGUUUUCUCACCAUUCUUCUUCCGACUAUUUGGUCCGAAGCCGAGCGACGAGAAGGGAGUAGGAAAGAUCAUGGGGUACACGCAACAAAUUAUUGAUGAAAAGUUCCAAGAUGCGAAGCCUACAAAGGACAUGAUGGGAUCAUUCAUUCGUCAUGGUAUGACUAAGAAAGAAUGUGCCGAGGAAGCGCUCCUUCAAAUACAGGCUGGGUCAGAUACAACGGCUGUGGCUAUUCGCACUACGUUAAUGUACAUCAUGUCUACGCCUCGGGUCUAUAUUCGGAUGAAGGAAAUGAUCAAGCAGUGCCUAGAUCGCAACGAAGCCUCAUCGCCUAUUACUUUUGAGGAGGCCCAGAGGCUUCCCUACUUACAGGCUGUCAUCCUUGAAGGCCUUCGCAUGAGAAUACCGGUGACAUAUGGACAUUACAAGCAGACUCCCCCAGAAGGAGAUACAGUCAAUGGAGUUUUCAUCCCAGGAAAUACCGCCCUAGGCCACAACUCGUUAGCUCUAACCCGCACCGAAUCCAUUUUCGGCGAGGACGUCGAUACGUUCCGGCCGGAACGCUUCCUCGAAUGCGACCCAGACAAGAAGGCCGAGAUGGAAUUCGCCAUAGACAUAGUCUUCGGAGGCGGGCGAUGGACGUGUGCCGGCAAGCCCAUCGCGCUUAUGGAGUUGAACAAGAUCUUUUUCGAGCUGCUACGCGUUUUCGAUUUCCAACUCAUAUACCCGGUCAAGGGCUGGAGCGAAACGUUUUAUUUCAUACCCUUCCAUAAGGAUAUGUGGGUGAGGAUCACGGAGGCGGGUGCGUGACGAAGAUACAUCAGUCUAGGUAUUCAAAGGCGGCGUCGUGAUAUGCAAGAUAAUUCAUGUAGGUUAGUUACAUGUAUCUUGAAUAAACUAACGGUCAAUGACAAGGCAGAAUAUUAUAAGAGCACCAAAGUGGCAGAACUUUUGUUAAAAUCAUCGUACUUCAUAACCGA